AUGAAACCUUUCAACCUCACCUUCUUUGAUCAACUCAUCCCACAACUUACGCUACAAAUAUCUUAUUCUACUCCGUUAGUGAUACCAGUUUCACUCCCACCAUUAUCUGGUCAGAUUAAAGAAAACAUGUUCAUCGACAGUUUUGACGAAGGUGUUUCAUUUUUAUCGGCUCAAGCCGGCUGUCAAUUUUCUGAGUUCCUCAAGUAUCAUGAGGUUAAGUCAUUGAACAAAUUGCUUCUGUGCCAUCCUUUCUCCAAGGAAUUUAGAAAUAAGGUUCCUCCGCUUGUGUGCCAAGCCACCAUUUUCGCUUAUGAUGGGAUAACCAUAGGGUUAGCCACUUCUCAUAAGUUCCUUGAUGGGAAGAUAAUGUUUAAUUUUGUCAGUGUUUGGACUACAAUCUCUCGAGGAUCCUAUUAUCGUGAUGUUGGAUUUCAUGGUUUAGCUGAGGCAUCCAAGGUGUUCCCACCACGAAAUGAAGUGCCAAAAAUUUACUUGUCCAUGAUAAAAAACUUGUGGUUCAUGGAAUCUAAUAAUUACAUUACAAAGAGAUUCACAUUCGAUGCCAAAUCCAUAAGCGAGUUGAGGGCCGUUGCUAAAGGGGAACUCUAG